AGAAGAAGACUAAACACCAACGAAGAAGAAGAAGAAGACGCUCUUAUUACGUUGGUCCAGUCUUUAACGGUUAGACGGUCUCGUCUCAUUUUUGUCCUUUUUUCUUCUUCAGACUGUGAAUCUAUUGUCCGGCGCUGUUCCAUCGGACUACUGUGAUGCUGUAGUUUACUCUUGUUUUUGUUUUUAGAGGACGGUGAAGAAUCACAAGAUAUCUCCAGAUAUCUUCUCCUUGUAGUGAUAAAUCACAAUGAUCACUAGAAGAAGAGUCCAUGCUCUGAUCAACACAGAGUCACAGCCGAUGGAAGGAGAAGAAAUAAAUGUGGUAGAAAGUGUCAAAGAUCUCCCGAACCCCUCCGGAGGGUUCUCCCCAGAUGAUCUGGACACCACUGGGAUGGAGCUCGACGACCUGUUUGGAAUCGAAGACUUAAAAUUGACUCUUGAACGAGACUCUGUGUCGUCGCUCUUCGAUAUCGAGUUGGCUGAUCUUGGCGUGUUCCGCUCUAAAGAUCCAGAUUCUGAUAUUGAAGCGUCGACUGCUUCGUCUCCAGAGAGAAUAGCGUCUGACGUGAAGAUGAAGAACAGGAGAAAACAGUCAACAGACAACAUGAUCAACAAAAACGCCAUCGCCGCCAGGUUGAAUCGUCUCCGGAAGAAAGAAUACGUCAACAGCUUGGAGAAGAAAGUGGACGUGCUGUCGACAGAGAACAGUUCCCUGAAACAGGAGAACGUUCAGCUGAACAAGAGAGUGGAAGAGCUGGAGGAUGAAACCAGGGCGGCGACUCCACCGACCACGACUACGCCCUGCCCAGGAAGCGUGUGAAAGUGGAGGAGAAAGAGACGGCGGGUGGCUUGUGUCUGCAUGUAGACAAGGACCACGUCUCUGUGGAGUUCUGCACCAAGUGUGCUCAGAGUGCAAGCACAUCGCUCAAAAUGUAGGGUCAAGUACUUCUAUCUCUGUUUGUCAGAUAUUGAGACUGAACUUGCUCUGUUCUGAACUUCUUCUCCAGGGUGGAUGAACUCUGUUGACUAGCUCAGAUUACUAAGAAGUGCUCAACGUGCAUGUGUUUGUGUGUGAUGAUGUCUAUGAAGUACACGUUACUGCUAAACCUUGUUGACAGUUUCUUCUAGGUAAUGGUUGAUGCACCAUGCCGGAUGACUCUAUGGCUUUCUGAACACCUUUACCUGCUUGACUCCAUGUGGAUUCUGCUGGUGGAAGGUGCCGAGGCUGGACACGCUGCUGCCAACGUGGCCUGGUAGUUUAUUAAAGGUAGUAUCGGUAACAAAUGGUAUACGUGAUUAUUAUAUUUUACCUCCACAACACCUGUAGCUGUAAGUUUUGUCAGCAAAUGACUUGGAGAGAUUCUUUAUACUCUCAUUUAUUGACAUUUUGGAAUGUAUUAAUUAAAUGCAACCAUAAUUAUCUGAGUUCAGUGGUGAAAAUGCCAGUUUUUUGUGUAACUAAAAUGUAAAUAUAUGUAUAUAACUCUGAUUAUAAACUGUUUGGGGCAAAUGGCCUUGAUGUUGGACAAAUAAUAAAUCCUAUUUUGAUUAUGUUUUGAGUUACAAAUAUCUACUGUGUCUGAUUGUGUACUGUUGAUAUUAAUGCAUCUCUUUUUCUCUUUCUGAACAGCAAGCUCUCUGCCGAUAAUGGUCUAACUUUUCCUCAACAUUUGGCUCAAGUCUGGUAAAGGUUGUCAGAACAAAACCAGCUCAUUUGACGGAAGUACAAAUCAUCCAGUCCAUCUUAUCUUUAACGUUACCUCAAACCAAAGGAGCUUAUAUUAGAGCCAUUAAAGCUUUUUUCAUAGUAGGAAAAAGUCCAGUUAUACUGAUCAUAUUAAAGGAAUGCAUGACCCUUAAUAAUUAUUUGUAUAUCAGAUAAUAUCCCCUUGUUGCCUUGAAUUCUCACAUGUCUCCAUGGUGAACAGAGAUUGUAAAAAUGGAGUAAAACCUUUGAUGCCCUGAAUUAUAUAUUUAACAACAGCAACAAUACACUAGAGGCCAAAAGUUAUGAAGCAGCUUA